AUUAAUGUGACAACUCGUCCAUUAAGACGUUAUUUUAACCAUUCAGCUGUAUUGAUUAAAACUCCAUUUUACAUUGAGAUGCAAGGCAUAUGCCUACUACAAGUUAUUUUCAUCUUAACAUUCCUAAUUUCAUCAGAAGUACAAGAUGUGAUAGGAUCAGGUCACUCCUGUCUCAGAUUGCGUCCUGCAGACGACGGACAGACGAGCGUCACGUUUCUGCGAGGGGACACGGCCGGCGUGCGCUCCCUGUACCUCAGCCUGUGGUCCGAAGACAUGCGAUUGGUAACGUGCGAAUUAAACACCGACCCACGAGUCACAGAAAGAUACCGUGCUAUUUGCGACAGAAUCGACAGCCGGGGUCAAGAAGAAGAAGUCAUCCAGAGGUUUAACAUCAGUGCGUUGUUGGCUCCGGAGGCUCCCUGCGCACUUGUCUCCUCCAGUGCGCCAAGGUUCACCAGGCGAAGAGAUGGGACAGAGGGGAGAGCGCGGAGAAAACGCGCCUGGAUAUUUCCAGGGACGCUGUGGUGCGGCACUGGAAGCAAAGCGAUCGGAUAUGAACAGUUAGGGAUGUUUGAGAGUGUAGAUAGAUGCUGCCGUGAGCACGACCACUGUCUGCAUAUCAUUCCAUCUUUCACAGUGAAUUAUGGAGUCUUCAACCCCAAAUUCUUCACCGUCUCACACUGUGACUGUGACCAAAGGUUUCGACAGUGCCUUCUUGGUGUGAAUGACACCAUUUCCAGUAUGGUUGGCUACAGCUUCUUCAACAUUCUGCGGGUUCCCUGCUUUGAGCUCAAACAGCAGAAGAGAUGCACUGAGAUGUACUGGUGGGGAAUGUGCAAAGUUGCCAAAGAGGCUCCAUAUGCUAUCUUCAAAAGCCCCCUUCUUUACAACACCUCUGAUGUUGCACGCAAAUAUGGAGACAACGCUGACAGCAACAACUUAACAAGUAGUGAGGGGAAGCACGUUACCAAAAGCAAACAAAGAUGUAACUCCAGAGAACCACCCAGAGGAGACACUUUCUACCGCCGAAGGACAAUGGGGAAAGGAUGUAAAAGACACCAGAAAUUCAAUACAGUAGCACCAUCCCAAAUGCCCCCAAUAUCAAGAGCACCCACCACUAUUGUUUCAAUGAAAAAGGCUCUUAUAAAUGCUUCUAAUAGUAAAGCAUUGAUGUCAAAUAAAAAAAGAACUGGAAAAGAGAAGAGCACCAAAAAGGGGCUGUUGGCUUAUCUGACACAGCAAAGCCAAUUUCCACCACAGGUGACCGCAAACUCUUAUCCACAAACAACAUCUGCAACAACGAGUGCCCCAUCUUUAACACUGAAGCCAGCACUCCAGCUACACUUGCCAAGAGCCAUCACAGAAGCGACCAAAACUCACAAAAAAGUUUCAAAACUAAGUCGCUGUUGUGGACUCGGGAUCCCUCUGAAAGGUGACACUUCUCAGCCUCAUUGUAAAAGUUGUCUUGAACAAAAAACAAAAUCUCACAAGGCAACUGUUACACCGUCUACAACUACAUACGGAUUACAGAUCGAAGUGUCAACUCUUGAGACACUGCAGCCCAAAAAGACAACAGAAACACCCAAGGAAGACACUUUGAAAACACUCCAGAGUACAGCUUCCUCUGCUACACUAGUCACAACAAAACUAAAGACAGCAGCCUCCAUUCAUAAAGAUGACAAGCCACUAAAGCAGGUGGAUUCCCAUCUACUAUGGAAUUACAAGAGCCAGGAGCCCAUGGGUGCAACCCAAGCCCAAAACACAGAAACAAAGCGAGGCCUGAAACAAAAUAUUGCAUUACAUAAUAUGACAGACAAUCAGCGCCUGUGUAGAAGCCUCAAACAUCUGGAUGAUUGUAAAUACAAAAUCCCUCCUUUGGAGAAGAAGUAUGAUCUGCAGAACAUGGAGUCAAAGACUGCCUACAACUGUCAUUGUACCAGCCGCUUGGCGGUUCAGAUUGAAAUCUUCAAGCAACCCAGUACUCUCCCCAGGCUACUGAUGGACUUCGUCUCUCAGUACUGCUUUAAACUGCCAAAGCAGAAAAAGUGCCACAGUAGAAAAAGCUGUUCUGGAGGCUUCACUAAAGCCUCUGACCUACUUCGAGCACUUAAGAAGAUGGAGGAAAGAGACGCUGCUCUGGUGCGAAAUUCAAGCGAUGACAGGAAAAGAGGGAUUCCUGUUCGCCUUUAUAAGCGAUGCCUAAGGCUGGAAAGAGAAUAUGAUAUUAUGGCACAACUCACAUGAUUCAUAGACUAAGCUGCCUUGUCCAGCAACAAUGAAUUUUAUAAACAACACAUUUUGGGCAUUUUCUGUUUCUCUGAUUGUGUAAAAAAUGGCAGUAUGUAGGAUAUAUUCAAGGACUCAAACCAUGUACUAUAUAUAAUAUAUUUGUAAGUAUGCCGUGGAUGUAUAUUUAAUGUAAAGAACAGUAAUAUAAAACUGAAAAUCAGAUUGUGCAUUGAAAAUGUAAUAAAAGUAUUUAUUUUGUGUUUAUGUUUGAAUUUAGUAAUUGAUUUAAAUUUAAUGUGUCAGGGGCAUUUUCACAGAUGAUCACGGGGUGGCAUUCUAAUAUCUGCACUGCAUAUUGAUAAAAUAUGAAAAAAAUAUAACUAGAUCUACUGCUUUCCAAGACAAUACACAACAAAUAAGAAAUUAUUGGUUCACGUCAUAACUUAAGGAAUACUUAUUAAUUAUUGGAAACAAACAUUGUAGUGUGAUCUGUAGGCCUACCGUCCUCUUAUUUUGUAAUCUAUUAUACAGUAAAAUAUAUUUUACUACAUACUGUAAAACACCCUGAUAUGAAAAACUAUUUGUGAGAACUGCAACCGCUUCAAUGUGCAUCCCAUCUGUCCUUUCAUUUUAUAGUCUCCAGCUCUUGCAAUGUGUUGCAUCAGUGUAUCUUCUUCUUUACAAGGUAUGAGAGAUGGAAAUUGAUUACAUCAGAUAUGUGAAAUAAAUUGUAUGAUCCAU